UGGAGUGCCUAGUUUCAGACGACAAAUGCCGUGACAAUGACUGGUCCAACUUCGCACUCGCUUCUUCCGUGGAAUGGAGAUAGGUCUUGCUUACAAAGUUGUAUAUCAUAGGAGAUAGUUCUAUUCACAUUAUUGCAGGUUCUGUUUCUUAUUCGUCUGUGACUGACUCUGGCGAUUUCAUUCAUCCUCUUCCUGCGGUGAUUGCCUCACAGAUUUCGUCAUGUCUGCCAUUCUCUCCACGGACGAUCUGAAUGACUUCAUCAACCCGGGAGUCGCGUGCAUAAAACCGGUGGAAACAUUACCUCUUCAACAACCCACGGAGACUCUGAAUGAAUAUGAAGUUACCACCGAGGACAAGAUCGCAUCUACCAGCAAGCCACCUCCAGCACAAAUCUCACUGACAGACUGCCUCGCUUGUUCGGGUUGCGUUACGAGUGCAGAAGCGGUCCUCGUCAGUCUGCAAAGUCACGGCGAAGUCCUCGAUACCCUGGACAAAUACCAUGAACUACGACUCCCUGGUGCUGGAUCCCAGUUUCCCGCUCUCUCAGAUGCGCAAGCAAAGAUCUUCGUGGCGAGCGUCUCGCCCCAGGCACGAGCAAGUCUGGCGGCCACAUAUGGAGUAUCGGAACGGCAGGCGGGCAACAUGAUCGACCAAUUACUUCGAGGCCCUCAAGGUGUCCGCAGCGGUGGUCAGCAUGGCUCCGGAUUCGCAUGGGUCAUCGAUACCAACGCCAUGCGGGAGGCGAGUCUUGUAGCCGCUGCCGACGAGGUUGCGCAAUCGACCCAGGACGAAGCACAGAAGAAACCCGUCAUCACAUCCGCGUGUCCAGGCUGGAUCUGCUAUGCGGAGAAGACGCACCCGCAUAUCCUGCCGCAUCUGAGCAAACUCAAGUCGCCCCAGGCCUUGACGGGAGUACUUGUGAAAUCCGUCUUGUCUAAGAAAUAUGGAAUUCCGCCUCAGAACAUAUGGCAUUUGGCCGUCAUGCCUUGCUUUGACAAGAAAUUAGAGGCUUCUCGAAGUGAGCUCACCUCGCACUCGUGGCAUGGCCAGACGGAGGAGGAUGCGGUCCGGGAUGUAGACUGCGUGAUCACCGCUCGCGAGCUUCUCAUGUUGGCCGAGAGUCGCAACAUCAGCUUUCCCAGACUACCGAAACGACCCGUCACUGGGGAAUUCGCGCCUUCAUUUGCAGACCCGGGGGUCGAUUCAUUCCUGUUCGCACCUGGCUACGGUCAGAAGCGUAAACGGGAAGAUGUCGAAUCGAUCGGCACCAGCGGCGGCUAUCUCCAUCACAUCUUGAAAACCCGGCAGGUGGAAACGCCCGGUUCCACGAUCAGCUUUCAGCGAGGCAGGAACACAGACGUUGCCGAAUACUCCGUUCUAGACCCCAGCGGCCAAACCGUCUUCAAGGCCGCGCGAUACUACGGUUUCCGGAACAUCCAGAAUCUCGUCCGGCGCCUCAAACCUGCCAAAGCCAGCCGUAUGCCUGGUGCGGCCGCGCGGAAAGUGGGUACGGCUCGUCGCCCGGGCGCGGCUGCCGGGACCAGCGCCGAUGGCGAUUAUGCCUACGUCGAGGUCAUGGCCUGUCCUGGCGGAUGCACCAACGGCGGUGGCCAGAUCAAGGUGGGCGACGUCGCAACACUGCGGCAGGUCGGCGGAACGGGCAUCGUCAACGGAGAGGGGCUUGAACAGGAAGUUUUGCCUGCUCAGCGGGAAUGGUUGGCCAAGGUUGACGAGGCAUAUUGCAGCAGCAGCAGCAGAGGCGAGGACCUCGUCGACGGCAUCUCCCGCCGCCGCGUCCGCGACUUCCUCGCCCACUGGAGCGACCUCACCGGGAUCGAGCCGGACGUCCUCCUCAAGACGACGUAUCGUGUCGUGGAGAGCGACGUCGGCAAGAACAAAUCCGGCGGGAGCGAUGUGGAUCGGGUGAAUGCGUUGGCGCAUGCCGCUGGAGGAGGGUGGUAG